AUGGCUAGCCCUCCUGUGCUAGCUUUUGAUGCUGAGGGCCGCCCAGUGAAGUUCGAAACCUGGCUAGAUGACCUACACCUCUUCCUACAGCUCACUGCCAAGGAGGACAUCUCACUGUACGAUCACGCCCUAGGCCAUGCUACUGCUCCUGCUGCUACUGCUGACAGCACUGCCCGCUCACAGUGGCAGACUCGUGACGCCCACGCUUCCUUUGCUAUUCGCAACUCCCUGCCGAUAGACGAGCGCGAGCACUUUGGCCAGCACAAGACUGCACAGGCACUGUACACCGCUGUCGUUGCCCGCUACUCCUCACCUGCCUCUGCCGCGCUAGGCCGUCUCUCACUCCCCUACCUGUUUCCCGACCUGGCCUCGUUCCACACAGUCGCUGACCUCAUCACGCACCUCCGUACUAGUGAGGCCCGCUUCCGUGCCGCCAUGCUCGAUGAGUUUCUUGCCAAGAACCCUCCCCCGCUCUCGCUCAUUCUUUACCACCUAGUCACCCGCCUCCCUGACACUCUGCGUGCUCUCAGGGAUCACUUCCUAGCUCGCUGCCCCACUGAGCUCACCAUUGCCCUUCUUGAGAAGGAAUUGCUUGCAGCCUCUGCUUCUGCUGUCGACCUCCUUGGUUCUGGGAAGGUCGGGGCUGCGUCUGCUCUGAGCGGGCGCCGCAGCGGUAAGGGAAAAGGGGGCAAGGGAGGCGAAGGUGACGGCGAGGGAGGCGGUGGUGGGGGUGGUGGCGGCGGUGGGGGUGGUGGUGGGAAUGGUGGGGCUAGUGGCAGCGGUGUGGGUGGUGUCGGCAGCGGCGGGGGAGGUGGCAGGGGCGGGGGCGGUGGUGGGGGCGGCGGUGGACGCGGCGGCGGCAAGGGAGGAGGUGGUCAAGGAGGUGGCGGCGGCGGUGGUGGUCGUGGAGGCACUGGCGGUGGCCAGAGCCUGCAGCACUCUCCGUCGCCCCAGGAGCUCCGUGAGUGUGGAGAGGGUGCCCAGUACCUGCGUGUUCCGCCCGACCCGGGCAUUCGACCCGGUCAGGCUACCGCUCUAGGUGCUAGAGUGUCUGCUACCCCAGGUGCUGGUGAGGCUGCUGCUCUAGGUGCUGGUGCGUCUGCGCCCCCUGGGUUCUCCCCUCCCCUCCCACCCUCACCUGCUCCUCCCUGUCUUCCCUGCGUCGAGGGGCGGCAGCGCGCUGCUCCUCACUCCUCGUUUCCCUCGACGACUGCUCCCUUGCAGACGCUCCUCAUGGACGUGUGGGGCCCCGCCCGCGUCCAUGGUCAGGGUCAGGAGAGCGAGCGUUUCCACUCGGACUUUCCUGUCCUGCGCUUGCACUCUGACAGAGGUGGUGAGUUCUCUUCCGACCUCUUGGCAGCCUACUAUGAGGAGCACGGAAUCUGCCUGUUGUUCACGCUUCCGGCCUCUCCACACCAGAAUGGGGUUGCUGAGCGCUGCAUUGGCUUGGUCAUGGAGGCCGCCCGUACCUCCUUGAUCCAUGCGGCAGCUCCCCACUUUCUGUGGCCGUUUGCGGUCCGAUACGCUGCGCAUUAG